AUGCAAGCUUUUACAGUAGAUGAACACUACGUUCAGAAUCAUCGAAAGAGAACCACCAUUCACAAUGAUUCCGAUAGUGAGCUAAUGGAAGACGAUACCUGUUUGUCUUCGAGUGGUAGUGGCAGUGGUGGCACAGCCAAUCAGAUGGAUGAUCUCAUGUUUCCAGUUGAAUCGAUCACUCCAUGCGUCACUCCACCCAUGUCCGCAGCAAAACCACUAACACCAACAAUUAACGGCAGCGGUGGUGGCAAUAGUGGAUUUUCCAAACAACAAUCAUUCAGUCUUAGCAGCAAUAACAAUUCAUUUACAUUAUCUAAUCCACCACCACCACCAACCAUGGGCGUAUCCUCCUCUUUCCCCAAAUCGAUUCCUCUCAAUUUUUCGGAUGGAAGUCCAUCCUUCUCGUCAUCACAUGGACAUGCCAGAAAAGGACGUCGUUUGUUUUUUGAGGAAACCUCGCCAACCAUGUCAUCCGCAAACAACAAUAACAAUAUCAUUAAUAGUCAUAAUAAUAAUGGACAACAAUCAUCUGACGAACCAGUCUUUAAAGUUCCAGGAAGUAGUGCCAGAGUAUUGAAUUUCAGUAAUGGCUCGAGCUCUGCUGGCAGUAGUAGUAACAAUAGUUCCGGGUGUAAUAGCGGUAGUAGUUCCAAUAGUAACAGUGGAAAUUUCAAUCAAUAUCAACAUAGCCAAUCGGUAUCAUCAUCGAUCGCCAUGCCACAUCCAUUUAACCUUUCCUCGUCUCACCAACACCACCAUCAAUAUCCUUCACAACCCAAACUAUAUAGUCAACAACAACAACAUCAACAAAACAUGAUCUAUGGAAAUAGCGGUAGCAGUCCAUCUUCUCCACUUUUAUCCUCUUCACUUCCGACCUCACCAGUUUCCUGGAGUUUCAACGACAACAACAGCAAUACAAUGCGUCCACCACCCAACAAAAGUUUUACAUUCUCCUAUGGUGAGACGAAAAAUCGAAUUAAACCCGAUCAGAAAGCAUUCAACUACGAUUCAUUUUCACCGUCGCCUUCGCCAUCACCACCACCUACACCCACACCGAAAUCGGUGAAUAGACAACUCGAAAAAUCACGUGCCAUUCUCAGUAACCCAAUUAAACCAUACGAUCCAACCGAUCCAUUAGAUUAUAUACCAAGCAAUAAUAACAAUAACAAUAACAAUAGCAAUAAUAAUAGUAAUACAAAUGGUAUUUUCAUUAAUACACAAGUUGGACAUGUAAAAAGACAACGUUCCACUUCAAUGUCAUCACCAAUCAAUACACCAACCAAUAUAAAUCCAUUCAUUUCCAAUGAAAACUUUCAAGCAAUGUUACCAAAGAAACCAAAUCAACCACCAAAUAAUAGUAUAAAUAAUAGUAUCGAUAAUAAUAGCAUUAAUAAUAAUAAUAAUAGUAAUAAUAAUUUUGUAGAUAUUGAUAAUAGUAUAGAUAUGAAUAACACUGUAGAUAUUGUAAAUAAUAAUAGUAAUAAUAAUGAAAAUAUUAAUUCUUUAUAUAAAACAACAUUUGAUCAAAUAAGUUUAAUUGGUGAAGGUAGUUUUGGAUUGGUGUAUAAAUGUAGACAUAGAACGGAUGGUUGUCUUUAUGCAGUAAAGAAAACCAAGAAGCAAAUGAAAGGUCUUUCGUCGAGAACCUUUGUUAUGAGAGAGGUCUAUGGUCUGUCGGCAAUUCGUGAUCACUCCAAUAUCGUAAGAUACUACAAUGCUUGGGAGGAAGACUUUCACAUUUUUAUACAAAUGGAAUACUGUGGCGGUGGUAAUCUCUAUCAAUGGGUGACGAACCAUCUCAUCCAAUCGGAAGUAGUCUUACUCAAUGUCGCCAAACAAGUGCUGAACGGUCUCAUACAUAUUCACUCUCUCGGUCUCGUACAUCUCGAUGUCAAACCAGAGAAUAUCUAUAUACAAAAAUCAUAUAGUAAUGGUAUUAAUAGUAAUAAUAAGAAUUGUAAUUGUAAUCAUAUAAAUUGUAUCAAUAGAAAUAAUAAUAACAGUAAUAAUAAUAAUGAUAAUGUUAAUAAUAAUAAUAAUAAUAAUAAUGAUAAUGUAAUAUAUAAGUUGGGUGAUUUAGGUUUACUAAAUGAAGCAACAGAUAGUAAUUAUUUCUCUGAAGGUGACAGUAGGUAUCUGUCGAGAGAGUUGCUACAUGACGAUAUGCGUGCACUCAAGAAAUCCGAUAUAUUUUCUCUUGGUUGCACGUUGUACGAGUUGGCAAGAUGUAAACCUCUACCGACAGGUGGCAGCGAGUGGAAUUCAAUACGUGACGGUAAACUCAUAGAGACCAAAGAUUACUCGCCCGAUUUCUGGUCACUGCUCAGACUGAUGAUCAAUCCAAUCACCGACUUACGACCAAGUGCCGAUGAAUUAUAUAAUCAUAUAAAUGAAAUGUUAUUAUCAUCAUCAAAACAACAUCAUAAUAAUAAUAAUAAUAAUAAUAACAAUUUUAAUAAUCAAAACUAUUUCAAUAAUAACAAUAAUAAUAAUAAUAGUAAUGAAGAGAUAGAAAGAUUAAAACUAUUGAUUCAACAACAAUCACAAUUACUAAAUGAAGCACAAUCAAAGAUUAAAGAACAACAAAAGAUUAUAGAUGAACAAGACGAUAUGAUUAAACAAAAGUUUUGCUAUACCAAUCAAUUUCAUAAAGUAGAAGGUGAUCUCAAGAAUAUGGCACUAUAA